CUGGCCGAAGAGACAAACUUCUUGAACGGAGAGCCGCUGUCCGCGAACUACCGCAAGCUCUUGAAGCAGCGGCAAGCGCUGCCUGUCUUUGCGCGGCGCGACGAGAUAGUCGCCGCGGGCGCGAAACACAAAGCGCUGGUCCUCGUGAGCGACGCAGGUUCCGGCAAGACGACGCAGUGUCCGCAGUUCUUUCUGCGCGCGGGCCUCGCGGGCGACAAGGCGAUUGCGGUGACGCAGCCGCGGCGCGUGGCGGCGACGAGCGUCGCGCUGCGCGUCGCGGAGGAAAUGGACGUCGCGUUGGGCGACGAAGUGGGCUACUCGAUUCGGUUCGACCAUGCGGCUUCUGCGCGCACGAAGCUGCUAUUUCUCACGGACGGUGUGUUGCUGCGCGAGGCGCAGACCGACCCACUGCUCUCUAAGUACGGAGCGAUCUUCAUCGACGAGGCGCACGAGCGCACCGUGAACUCGGACAUUCUGCUCGGGCAGCUCAAGCUGCUGGCGCGCAAGCGCGCGGAUUUGAAGAUCGUGAUCAUGAGCGCCACGCUCGACUGCGAGAAGUUCGUGCGCUACUUCGACGCCGCGCGCAUCCACAUCGCGGGCAGAAACUUUCCGGUCGAGCUGCACUACUUGCCGGCGCCGUGCCGCAACUACUACGAAAGUGCGCUGGACGCGGCCGUGCAAAUUCACUUGAACGAGCCGCCGGGCGACGUGCUGGUGUUCUUGACGGGCGAGCGCGAGAUCUGCGACAUGCGCGACGACCUGCUCGUGCGGCUGAGCGCGGUGGACGAGGUCGAGCACGGGCCCGUACGCGUCGACGUAAUCUUUUCCGCGCUGACGCACGCGGAGCAAAUGCGCAUCUUUCAGCCGGCGCCGGCGCCCGUGGCGCCGAACGGGCGCGCGGGCCGCAAGAUUGUGCUGUCCACGAACAUCGCGGAGACUUCACUGACGAUCGACGGCAUCGUGUACGUGAUCGACACGGGAUACGCGAAGCAGAAGGUGUACCACCCGCGCACGCGCGCGUCCUCGCUCGCUGCGGUUGAGAUUUCGAAGUCGAGCGCCGCGCAGCGCGCGGGCCGCGCGGGGCGCACGCAGCCGGGCAAGUGUUUUCGGCUAUACACCGAGAGCAGUUUCGAGAACAUGGCAGACUCCGUGGUGCCCGAGAUCUUGCGCAGCCCGGUCGACCAGCUGGUGAUCCAAUUGCUCGCGCUGGACAUUCCGAACCUGAUCCGCUUUCCGUUUCUCGACCCGCCGAGUCCCGAAGCGUUCAUGCGCGCGUUCGAGCAGCUGCACUUGCAGCAAGUGAUAGACGACGAGUGCAAGCUCACGCCGUUCGGCCGCCGCGUUGCGCAGCUGCCGCUGGACCCGACGCUCGCGGUGAUGCUGGAGCGCAGCGCGGAGCUCGGCCGCAGCGCGGAGCUCGGCGUGCAACGCGAGGUGCGCGCGCUGGUCGCGCUGCUCAGCGUGAACAGCGUGUUCGCGGGCGACGCGGCGAAGCGCGCGCCGCCCGCGCUCAAGAGCUUCGUACACCCGAGCAGCGAGCACCGGACGCUCGUGAACCUGUUCUACGGCUUCCUCGACGCGCCAGAGCUCGUGGUUUACAACGAGCUGCUGCGCACCAACCAGCUGUUUCUGCGCACAGUCUCGGAGAUUGCCGCGGAAGACCUGCGCGCGGCCUGUCCGGCGUUCUACGAGAAGGCGCGCGGCGAGCUGCACUUGCCCGCGUGA